GAUUUCGUUCAAUAACAAAAUAAUACGGGCGAAGGAAAACGAGUUGUGAUAUAUCGACGAACGAACCUUGAAAAAUUAACAUAAAGGUGAAAAUAAAUGAUGAAAGUGGCGAGGCUGUGCGGGACUCCCGAUCGACAUUGUAAGACAAAAUGCUGGCCGAAUCGGACGAGGAACAUUUUAAUCCAUCCGUAAGGGUAAUUGAAUUCGAGAAAACCGGCCAAAAUUGCGGAUUUCACUUGACGAGAGGCAAAUGGGAUCCGUAUCCAUGGGUGAGUCGAGUCGAUGAUGGAUCCGUAGCUCACAAUGCCGGUUUAAAAGCUGGAGAUUGCCUGUUGGAAGUGAACGGAGACGACAUAGUCGGACGAAGAAUAUCCGAGAUAGCAGAUUUAGUGAAAUCAAAAUCCGGACAGGUUUCACUUUUAAUUUGGAAUGCGGGAGUUGAUGCCCAAUGCACACCCGAGGCAUUAUGUUGCGGACCUAUUACGAGUAAUUUUCAGAAGCUCUCGGCUUGCAUGAGUACGAUCCUUGCCUUCCUAGAAUGUCCGGUUUGUCUGGACACUAUAUCUCCACCUACGUAUCAAUGUGACAACGGUCAUUUGAUAUGUAUCCGAUGCAGAGCUAAGUCUGAAAGAUGUCCUGUUUGUAGACAUAGAUUGGCAAGAGGAAGAUCCCUGCUGUCUGAUCAGGUCUAUCAUGCCAUAGUCGAUGCGUUUAAUUUGCGAGACGAAAACGAUGAAUCGAAGAUAGCGAAAAUCCAGCAAAUUUUUAAACCAAAAAUUAAGAACAAAAGCAUACCAAAUAUAAAAGUAAUCCAGUGCCAUACCAGCAAACUUUUAGCGAAAGUAAUAGGUAAGGCGUCGUCGGUCGAAAACUUGACAUCCAAUUCGAAAUUGCUUACACCGAAUACGAAUUGCUCGACAUUGAAAGCGAAAUCUUUAUCGACGAAUGAAAUUUUUCACGCUGAAGUUUCGAACGUAUCUAGAACUGGCUCGAUAAGCCGCUUGAGUAGAAGAAAUGAAACUACAAUAAACGACUCGUUGACUAAUAUCAGCGAUUUUAAUAACAGACCAACUUCGUUUUAUGGAUCUUUUGAAUAUCUAAACAGAGACGACGAACCAGUAACUUUUCACUGCCCAUUUCAAUCUACUUGCCCGGUUAUCAUAAAAGGUCACAACGUCAUAAAUCACUUCCAGACUGAUCACAGUGGUCCACUCAUUCAAUACUUCGGAUCGCACAUUAAGUUGCAUUUAAACAAACUAGAAAGUGAGAAUUGUUUUGUGAUAAACAAUUCGGGUACCACCUUUUUCGUUAAUACUAUUUCAAAUAUUAGCAACGUCGAUAAAAAUUCAAGUUCGCUUGGCGACGUAUUGAUCUGGUCUUGGCACUCGAAAACCGACCAAAGCUGCGAUCAUUUUGAUAUUGAAAUUGAUCUUGUCGAUAACGCCAGCUCGCAAUCUGUAUUUCGUACUAGAAUUCCUAUCUUGCCUUUAAAUUCUGUAUCUUCUCAGGACGUUAGACAAUUUAAGAAAGGCGUAUUUCUAGGUUCCAAAAUAUUGGAAAUAUUACCUCCACGCGAUUUGAUAUUAAAUGUAGAUAUUGUUUCAUCUGAAGCUAAUAAUUUGGAUCUAUAAAAAAUGUAUGUAAAAAAAUAAAACAUGCUACAAAUGUACAAAAUAAAUUAUAUAAAACUUUUAUUGUGUAAUUAGCUUUGCUGGGCUAUUAUUUAAUUUCUGUAUGUAGUAACAUUCAACGUAUCUCUAGAGUUAAACAGAUAACUCUAUAUAUAAGCAACUGAUUACAGUUCAAGAACACAUUUUACGCACUUGAAAUGUUUUAAACGC